CUAAUCAGAUACUUCAUGUUAUCACCUUCACUCGUGACUGUAUGUAUGUGUGUACAUACGUGUGUGCAUGCAGUUCACCCGGUGAGGUCGAGGAGGAACGCCACAGCUGGACCUGAGGACUGCCUGCAUCCCUGUCUGUUUCCAGCACAACAACGCCUCAGAUUGACGCUUCUGGUUUUGUCGUGGCGAGAUGGGCGUAGAGACGUGGGUGCUGCUGGCGACGGUGGUGGCGCUGGCGUGGCUGUAUUCGAGGUGGCGCCACAGCUACUGGGCCUCCAGGGGCGUCGCCUCCCCGCCAGCCCUGCCCUUCAUCGGACACUUCAACAAGUCGUUUCUCGUCAACCCGAGACUGUGGGAGACCUAUGAUGAGAAUUACAAGAAAUUUUCGCGGAUGUACGGUCUGUAUGAGUUCUUCAGACCCAUUCUGGUGAUCAAUGACCCUGAGAUGAUAAAGCACAUACUCGUUAAGGAUUUUGAGCACUUCUCAGAUCGGAGAAAAUUCGACAGGAAGGCAAGUAGCAAAGAGAGAGAUACGAUGAGCAUGGAGAUGUUAUCGGUAAAAAAUGGCGAGGAGUGGAAGGGUCUGCGCUCCAUCGUGACGCCAAUCUUCACCUCGGGCAAGAUCAAGAGUAUGUUCCCGCUGGUGUGCGACAAGGCCGACGCUCUCGUUACGUUCUUGAUGAUGCAAGCGUCAGAAAAUUCGUAUGUGGACAUGAAGAAAAAUUUUGGCCGAUACACUCUGGACAAUAUUGCUACUUGCGCUUUUGGCAUCGAGUGUAACUCUCUGGUGGAUGAAAAUUCUGAAUUCCUCAAACAAGUAGACUCUUUCUUUGGUCGAAGUCCUAAGAAAAUAAUUAAAGGACUACUAUUUAUGUUUACGCCACGUCUCUUUAAAUUACUUGGCCUAAGUGUGAGGCCACCGUCGACGGAUUUCUUCAUCGACGUUGUGGAACGUAAUUUGGCAGCCAGGCGGGCGGGGACCAGGCGCGGCGACUUCCUUGAUUUGUUACUGGAGGCCCAGCAGAAUUCCAACAAGCCUGACAGUAAAUAUGUAAUGAGCGACAUCACCAUAGUGGCCCAGUGUGUGAUGUUCAUCAUCGCCGGGUACGAUACUACCGCCACCCUGCUGGCCUUCUCCUCUUACCUGCUGGCCAAGAACAAGGAUCAGCAGCAGCGCCUCCGAGAUGAGGUGCAGUGGGUAGUGGCGGAGCACGGUGGCCUCACCUAUCACGGCAUAAUGGAGGCCAAGCUGCUCGACGCCUGCCUGCAAGAAACUCUCCGGAUAUAUCCUGCAGGCAUAAUGCUGGAGCGGGCCUGCACCAAGACCUACACGUUACCCGGCACAGACCUGACCCUCCAGCCCGGUGACCUGGUGCAUGUGCCAGUCUGGAGCCUCCAACACGACGCCCGCUAUUGGCCUGACCCUGAGGCCUUCCUUCCGGACCGCUUCCUGCCCGAAAACAAGAACAAUAACCACGCUUACACGCACAUGCCCUUCUCGUUGGGACCAAGGAACUGCAUUGCCAUGCGCUUUGCCCUGCUGGAAGCCAAGGUGGUGCUGGCUAAGCUGCUGCUGGAGGCCGAGCUGGAACUAGCGCCGGGCCAUGAGGAGCUGGUAUUGGAGACCAGUAAAUCACAACUCCGAUCCAAGCACGGCUUGAAGCUCGUGUUGAAGCCUGUCAAAGGAUGAACAAAGUAUUCGUUAGUCAUGGACCUUUGCGGAAACCUUCUCACGGUGACAUCCGCUUCUCCUUGCAGCUUCAAUGUAUACAAUUCUUUUUACUAUACUAAGGUCAAUGUCAGGAAAUCUAAGAUGAAUUCAUAAAAAUGUGUGGCGCAAGUAAAAUUGUAAUAAUCAAUAUCAGCCUUUUCAGAACAGCAGCCCCUAUAAAUAAAAUUCGCCUGCGCCACUAAUGGGGUGGGGUCGUCGAAGAGACUUCUCAAGAAAGCCUUCCGGUGCUACAAGCAGCGCCUAAAAAACAAAAACAAAACAAAACAUCUAUACUUCUAUUUCUAUAAAUCUAUACUACAUUUGAAUUUGUUGAAAAACUACAGAGAAGCAAAAGCUAUCAUAAGCACAUAGGGAGACUGCGAGAGGCCGAUUGGCCUACACAAGGCAGCUCCAGAUUCCCCCCACCUCUACCACCUGUUGUUAUCCUGGUCCAUGUAGCUAUCGUCCCCGCACUCACUAUGUAGCAGUGCUGUAAUCAUAUCACUUUUGUAAUGUAAAGCUUAAAAAAGUU